AUGAGCACCAAGUUCGCGGAGGUCGCCCCGAGGGCCGGGCGCGGUCGAGGCCGCGGCCGCGGCAGGCGCAACUACCAGGAGCAGCAGCAGAAGCUGUUCCAGGAGAAGGUGGUCGCGUCGAUCCCAGCCUCGGCGGUGUUCACCCAGCUACAGGAGUUCGAGCGCAGGGUGGACGCGACGCUGGCGAGGAAGAAAGCCGAGGUGAACGAGGCGCUGAAGAGCGCGCCGCGGGAUCCUCGCACGGUUCGCAUAUACGUUUACAACACGUGGAAGGAGGCGAACCCGGCGGAGGGCGAGGAUGCGAGCUGGACCUUGCACGUGCAGGGGCGCGUGCUGGCGCCGCACGAGUGCGCCGACGGCACCGCGGGGGGUGACUACGACCCGGAAACCGAACCGAAGUUUUCGGAGUUCGUGCGCAGCGUGGAAAUCCGGUUGGACCCGGCGGCGCCGCCCCCGCCCGCCGCAGACGGCGCCGCACCCGCCAAGGAGUCCGACGAGCCCAUCCGUUGGGACUCCGACAAGGCUCCCGCGGAUGCAAAGCCGGUGGAUGGGUUCGAGGUGAAACGCGUGGGCAACACGGACAGGAAGGCUAAGAUUCUCAUCGCGGUCAAGCACGAGCCGGAGAGGUACAAACCCAAACCCGAGCUCUCGCGACUCCUCGGGUUGGACCUCGAGACCCGACCUCGGCUCAUCGCCGCGCUCUGGCAGUACUGCCGACUGAACGACCUCCUGGACAAGGAGGACGCCACGUUGGUCUCGCUGGACGACAGGCUCAGAUCGCUCUUCCGCAAGGGCUCGAACGGGGAGAAGGAGAGCGCCAAGUUCGUGGACCUGUGCGAGAUGAUGUGCGCGGGGUGCCUGGAUCCGGCGCCGCCCGUCGAGCUCGACUACGUGGUCCGGACGCGGGGACGAAAAAACCCGACGCACCCGGACUGCUACGACCUCCUGGUGGACGUGCCGGGCGGGGACAAAGCGCCGCAUAACUUCGUGGAGGGAAUCGGGAGGGACGCGGAGAUCGCCGCGUUGGACGCGAAGAUCCAGGCGGGGAUCAAGAAGAUUGAGAGACAUCUGCAGCGGCGGUCGUACUUCCUCGGGUUCUCGCACUCGCCAGUGGAUUUCAUCAACACGGUGGUGGCGCAGCAGGCGAGGGACAUCGCGAUAGUGAGGAACGACGGACGAAAAAGGAGACUGGCGGAGAGGCGAACGGAGUUUUACAACAAACCGUGGGUGGACGAGGCGGUGAUGCAGUACGUCACGCGUCAGUCCAAGGCUGGAAAAAUUUAA